UUAGCGAACAGGCCAAUCACAGGUCCCCUUUUAUGGCAGACCAUGCAUUAUUGAUAUCAUAAAUUUUUGUGAUCAUGCGCAUGACAGGUGUUCGUUCUUAAUUUCCGUAAUUUUGCAAAACUGGGCGAAUUUGAAAUCAUUCCAACUUAGCCUGCCCACGACGCAAAGAUGUCACGCCGAAAGCAGGCCAAACCCCAGCAUAUUGGGACUGAUAGGCCGCCAGCUGAGACGUUACAAAACGGGCAAAACGGUGUUGAUCCUUUAUGCACGUAUACACCUGGAGAACUUCAAGUGUGUGGAAAUUGCCAUGGAGAAUUUGUUGUUGGCCCAGAAUUAGAGUACCACCAGAGAACGUGCAAGAAGAAGCAAGUGGUUAUGUUACUGGACCCAUACAUGGAGACAAAUAAAGAAAUAGAGGAAAACACCUCUACAACCACAUCAUUGGAUGAAACAAUGGACAUCCCAAAAUCUGAUUUGGACAAAGAUAAAGUGAUACCACAUUCAAAUGUGUCAUUGACCAAUCUUGAGAACACAAGUGUUGCUGUUGCACAAUAUGUUCCAACACCGAUAACAUUGCCUAAAGCACAUGAUGUAAAUGCUAUUCAGGAACAACUUUAUGCGCUGCAGCAGCAACAUGUUCAACAGUUGCAACUUAUUCAACAGAUACAGCAACAGAUACAAACUUUGGCAGCAAAUCAACAAAAAAUUAAUAAUUCUGUACCUGUAACAUCACAGGAAUUUACUCGACCAAUGCCAACAAUUUUACCUGGGUCUCAUCCCACCCAGAUACCUAUUCAUAUGCUUUCACCACCAAGCAGUACACCAAAUACUGUGCACCACCCUCCAAAUUUUGAAACCUCACAUCUUCCACGUAUGCCAGGACCGCAUAGUAACAUUCUGCCACCAACAUCUUUUGCACUUCCUCAGAGACCUCCAUUUGAGAUUUUACAAGCACAAGCAGCCAUGCCUACUGGUAGUAUACCUCAGUCACCGCUCUAUGCUGCUAGUAUGCUGAUGCACCGCAAAGGAAAACCACCUAAUGUGUCUGUUUUUGACCACAAGUUUACAAGUGAUGAUCCAUUCUUUCGACACAAAUGCCAUUGGUGUCACAAAGUCUUUGGCAGUGAUAGUGCUCUCCAGAUACAUGUACGCUCUCAUACUGGUGAACGUCCUUUCAAGUGCAACAUCUGUGGGAAUCGUUUUACUACAAAGGGUAAUUUGAAAGUUCACUUUCAGCGACACAAAGUUCGCUACCCAGAUGCCGAGAUGGAUUGUACUCCUUAUCCUCCUUCUCCACCACCAUCACAGGAAAAUGAGCAAGCUCCUUUCCAGUCUGCAGAAAAUCAAUCAAGCCCUUCAGAAACUCCAAAUGGUGUCAACAAGUUUUCCAGUUUGCCAAUGGAGUCCAGCAGCCCACAAGACCAAUCAUUAAGUCCUGGUUUAAGUCAGAGUGAAACAGAUACACAUCCUGGAGAGAUGCACCAUUGCAAACCAGUUGAUACUGAAGAAAGAAGUGCAACUAAGUCUGAUCUUGAAUCUCCUACACCUACACCAACACCAUCAGUUUUGUCAGAAGAGCAGAGUGCACCAUCACCAGGUAUUUCAGAAAAAAUGCCAUACAUGAAUGGACUGCCUCCAACAUCAGUACCCUGUAUACCAAUGCCAUUUAGUGCUGUACCAAUGAACUCCCCAUUUGCUCCAUUAUAUAUGCAGAUGGAUAGUGUUCCCCCUUCUCUUAAAAGCUUAACAGAACAAAAUAUACGUGCAUCGGAGACCUCAAAGUUGCAACAACUUGUUGAAAACAUUGAGCAAAAAAUAACUGAUCCUAAUCAGUGUGUUAUCUGCCACCGUGUUUUGAGCUGCAAAAGUGCCCUACAUAUGCACUACCGAAUCCACACUGGUGAAAGACCAUAUAAAUGCAACAUCUGUAGCCGAGCAUUCACUAGCAAAGGAAAUCUGAAGACUCAUUAUGGUGUGCACAGAGCUAAGCCACCAUCAGACCUGUUUCAUGAAUGUUCUGUAUGUGGAAAGAGUUUUGGAAGUGCUAGCAUCCUUCAAAAGCACAUGCAGAAUCACCCAGACGCUGCUGACAUUCCCCAGGAUCUAACACUGUACCAAUCCAAAGAUGAAUUUCAGGAUGAAGGAAUGAUCACAGAAGUUCAAUCCAACCCAGAACACUUUUCAGAAAUGGAUACUGAAACCAUGGAAAAUGAACGGCCAGCUAGUGAACCUUUAGUUCAAGAGCAUAGAAUGAUAGAUUAUUCAGAAGGUACCCAAAAUGGAAUUGCUGAUCUAAAUGACAUCAGAGAUGAGAUAAAUCAAGAAUCUGAUAUGAGCACUGAAGCAGAAGAGCAACUUGAAGAAAAAGAAAUGUCUUCUCCAACUCCAUCAACUCCUUUAACUCCUCCAAUACAGGAUGACCUUAAUGAUGAGAGCCAGACUGAUUGCAAUGGCGCUCUUGAUUUAACACCUAAGCCACAGUUUAAUGAGACUCCUGCAGCAAGUGAAGCUGCUUCUAGUACACCAUCAUCUCCUGGUAGUCAAUCCAUUAAUAUUGGCUCAGCAUUUACUGAAAAACAAAUUGCUGACAUAUACUUGGCUGGACCUGGAAGGCGAGCAUCUGGUGCCAAUACAACAUGUGGUGCCUGCGGAAAGGUUUUUGCCUGCUCCAGCGCAUUAAACAUUCACAUGAGAAGCCAUACCAAAGAGCGCCCUUUUAGAUGUGGCCUGUGUGAGAAAGGGUUCUCCACAAGAGGCAAUCUUAAACAGCACAUGCUCACUCAUAAGAUAAGGGAUCUCCCAUCACAAAUCUUUGAUGCUUCACAUCAGCCAUUGUAUGGGGAAUCAAGAAUGAUGUCAAAAGAGUUAAUCAGAAUGACUGAGCCAGUAAUGAUAACAGGCCCAAUACAAGCCCUUCAAGCUCAACAAGCCUUACAUGCACAACAUGCUUUCCAAGCUCAGCAAGCACUACAGGCACAACAACAGCAGGCCUGGACUCGAUCACCCUCUCCAGACAGCCAACAGCAGGCCAGCCAGCAGAUUCCCACCUCCAUAUCCCAGCCCCUUGCUGAGGAUAACUCCGGAAAGCGUACACUGAGUAAUGGUAGUGCAAACAGUGAGAGUCCACCAAAGCGUCCAGCUUACAAGCAUGCAUGUAACACUUGUGGGAAACAGUUCCAAUCAGAUAGUGCACUCCAAAUUCAUAUACGUACACACACUGGUGAGAAACCCUUUAAAUGUCAUAUCUGUGGCAGAGCAUUUACAACCAAAGGAAACCUUAAGGUGCACAUGGGCACACAUAUGUGGAAUGGCAGCACUUCACGUAGAGGGAGGCGUCUCUCACUCGAUCCUCCAAUGAUUAUGAGCCCUAAAGAAGGUGAAGUUUUCCGCAGUGAUCUUAUGAGCUUCCAACCUGCGUAUGAUGGUGCCUUCUUUCAGUAUCCACCAUUCAUGAAUGGAGUUGGUGUUCCUAAGCCAAAUGAAAUAUCUGUCAUCCAGAACCACAGCACGCAGGCUUACAUUCCUCCCCAACUUUCAGGUGCGGUUGUCAAGUCGGAAGCUGACAUUCAACGCCUUCAGAACCACUCAACACAAGCCUACAUUCCGACGCAGCACACUGGUGGUGUUAUGAAACCAGAUUCUGAAAUCCAACCACAAAUUCUCUCAUCCAAUGCCUCAUAACAUCAAUACUGUCCUUCUGUGAUUGAGAAGGACUGCUUGUUGCUAAGACUGUUGGUGCUGUUAAAAUCAGUUACCUAAUGUUACCUAAUAUUGCUGUGAUUGAAUACAGUGUAACAUACUUCUCCUCUCAGCCUUCAUUAUCCCAAUGGUGCUUAAUAUUAUUAUAUUUGCUUUUUUGAGUGCUUCCAUUGGUUAAUCUGCUUGUGCGUUAUAAAGUUAAUUUAUUUUUUAAUAAGCAAGAGAUCUGUAUGACUGGAAUUCUGUUUUGAUGUGGAUUACACCUUUGUAGACUUGAUAAGUAAUCAAGUUAUGAUUGUAUACAUGAAUAAUAAUCCCAUUCUCCAAUUAUUAUACCAAAAAAAAAUUAAUUUGUGACCACUCAGAAGCAAUGAAACCCCACCAAAGUUCAAGCAAUAUUAAGCUGUCACUUUCUAUUUGGACCUUAAGAAUAAAAAAAUAUUAAAGUUUUUCUUUUAUCUAUUUUAACUAUGCAACAAGUUUUUGUUACGAAAGCAGAUUUUAAAUUCAUAUUUUGUUUUUACAUUGUCUUUAGUUUUUAUAUGAUCCAAAUUUGUUGAUGAAUGUACUUAAAUAUUAGAUAUAGUUUCAGUUGGACACUUCAACUAUUUUUAGAAAAUGAGUAUAUGCCCAGCUCAGGAAGUUGUAAACGGGCUUUGUUUACUUAAUUUUUGUUGUAUGUUUUAGUAUAGUUAAGUCCAUCCAUUAAACAAAUUAAAGUAAAACAAGUAAAACCUACACACCAAAUGUAAAUUAUUCUAGUAGAUAAGAAAGCAGUCCUACGUUCAUGGCAUGUCCAUGCAUUUUAGUAGUUAAUUUUGUGGGAAUACGGUCAUCCCGUUUCAUCUACAAAACUACUUGUAACGUACCAUGAGGGUCAAAAUAUUUAUUUGUAUAAUCCUAUUUAAUAAGAUUUAAAAUUUACAGCUCUCUUACUUAUGUGAGCUUCUUUCUGUUCUAGUUUGCAUGGUGUUUAGUGCAGAGUGUGUAUAUGUGUGCACUACACUAGCCAUUUAAUUUUUUUUAUUACGCUGAAAAAUACCUCAGGGACUUAACCUAACGUCGUGAGUGCAUUUCUAUACUGUAUAAGCAAAAUCAUAUUACGAGCGUGUACUUCAUCGUAUUCGAUAGGUGGCGCUGAUGUACAAAGUCUGUUUGUUGUCUAAAACUUGUAGCAGUUAAACUUUCGUGGUAGGUGUAUAGGUUAUUCAAAGUCAUGUUUGGUAUGAUUAUUGUCUUUCAAGUUUCAUACAUGUACUGUAUCCCUCAUUGAGAUCGGUAGUAUUUGUUGAUUAACUAAACAUCUUCCUCUGAAUAUGUCUAUGUAAAAUUCACUGCAUUAAUUAACUACACGAUUAGAGAAUUGCAUUCUAAUCGUGUAAGUAGAAAUUUAAUAACAAGAAGUUUAUAUGAACGAUUACUUGGUGAAAAUCGCAUUUGAUUACAGUAUUCUUGUUCUUAAAAACAAGCAGAUAAUUAUUUGUCUGUUUAUCAUAUCAAGUUGUGAUUCGCGUUGAUUGUGAUCCCUUCCGAUAAUGAUUAACUGACAAGCUACCCAAUAAAAGUGCAGGCCACCUUCCGUCUGCGUACCACCAAACUCAUAAAAGUCGGCAGAAUCAAAGACAACCGUGACGAUCGAGGAAACGCGGCUAUUAAUUCAAUUUAAUAUCAACUUCUUCAAAACAUAAACCAUAACGCUUUCAAAGUUAUGAUCAUCUUGAAUGGGGUUGAUCAUUUAUUUUUUUGAUUCGUUUUGCUUUUAACGCCGCCAUAAACACGCAUCUGUUAGUCAUAACUCGCCAGCAUAAAAAACCCAUAAAAUACUUGAAAGCGUCAUGGCGACUUAAGAUUGCCUUCCGAAUUUCAUAAAUGAUUAAAGAUCACUCCUAAAUCAUAGUGCACUGCUUAUAAUACAGUACUCUGUCUGUAUAACACUUGGUUUUGUGUUUGUAGGCCUAUGUUGAAUGUAAUAUUCUUGUGUACCCUAUUUACAAUAUACCUACACACACAUGGUCAUGUGUACAUAGCCUACUGUAGUUUUUAAGUACCAUGCAAACACAUUUAGUUAUACAUGAAGAUAUGUUAAUAUGCAUUAUCUGCUCACCUUUUUGUAUGUACGUACACUACUUAUAUGGUAUCGAUAUUUACAUAGUAUACUGUGUUAAUGCACUUGGUGGAUAACUGUGUUCAUGUACCUACCAAAUUCGACAACAAAAUAUCAUAGCCCUAAUAUAUUCUCUAAUUUGUUUGUAUAACGAUGAUUGGGUUAUUGAAAUCAGAUACAUUAGUGGUUGGCGACAUUACUGUGGUACAAUUGAAACUAGAAACGGCUGUUAGUUUAUGUAUGGAGGAAUUAGUUUCUAAACUAAUUCCUCCAUGGUUUAUGUAUUAAUUGUAUGAAUUGAAGCAUAUCAUAAAUGAUUACAUUAGAGAUGCAUGUCACUAGACCAAGAAUGGAAAAAUAAGCUCGCCUUUAAUUCUUCCUUUAUUUUAACCUAAAACACAGUAGUUGAAAACUACUGUGUCGUGUUACUUUCUUAACUAAAUUUCAUUUACUGUACUCGAUGCUAUAGCCUAUACGUGUACCAUGUACUGUAUACUGUUUUGUGAAAAUAGAGCAUUGUAAAUACUUCACAGUGCUUGCUGACAUUGGGCCGUACCGUCGUUUAAGUACAUCAUCCCUGCUCAUACAGUUAAAACGUUAUUAAUUCAAAUUUGAAUAACUUUAUUUUCUGACCUUACAUUGAUAGUUUUUUGUUGAAAUUGGUAGAUAUUAUAUUUGUAUUCUCUGUAAAUAAGAUACAUUCUCACUUUUGUGACAUUUCGACUGUUAUUAUACGUUGCCACGUAAUUCUUGAAAGUUCUCGACAUUGUACGGCAUUGUACAAGGGGGGAGUUCAAAUAGCUACUUAUAUAAUUAUAUAUGAUAUAUAUAUAUACAUGUGAAUUUCUGCCGUGUUAAAUAGGCUGUAAUUUUGUUGUUGUAAACCAAAGAGUAAAAUGUCGGUCAUACUUUAUUUUAUGGAAGAAGCUUUUUAAAUCUGUAUGUACGUGGGCCUAUACAGUAUAGGCUGCUAACUGGAACAACCACUAGCCCCUAUGACUUAGAUUCGUAUUGGUGUAGGCCUCUUACGAUUGUCUUUCAGUCGUCUGCUUUCAUCAUUUUAACGGACGUUGCUUUCAUCUUGAAUUUCCAAUACGACGUCUUUCUUGGUUUUUCCUAUCCAAAAAUAGUUUAAUUUCCCCAGCGCUUUCAUAUUAUAUUUGAAUUUUUAUUUCUGUGGUGCUCCCAAUAUUUUAUUAUUUCCACCUUGAUUUAAAAUGGAUGCAACCAGUUGAACCAAAGUGUAAUAUUAUGACCAGAGGGUGCUUGUAAGAAUGUUCCAUUUAUGUCCUGACAAAACAAAUGCAGAAACCAGAAAUGUUUUAUUCUCAGUAUUACCACAUAAAUUUAUGUCUGGAAAGAUGCGUUAUUGUGUAAUAAAGAAAGAUGUUGGUCAGUGGAGAACUAUUUUUGUAUGCAAACGUUUCUGUUUCUGGCGCCAGAUCGUCUGGGCAUCCUCUGGAUGAGGUUGUUUACUUAAGUUGUCGCGAAGGCCAGAAAAUCUAUAGAUAAAUGUGUCGUUAGUGUAGUAUUUAAAUUUUUUAGUUGAUUAAUUGUUGUGAUAGAUUGGAAAACUAAUUUUGUUUUUAGAUUAUUCCAUUACUGCAACACAUUUGAAUAUUUGUUGUAGUGUGUGAGAAUGAAAAUUGUCUAGUUUCUUUUGUCUCUUAACGAAUUCUCUGUUUAACUAAUAAAAGAUGAAAAUGUUAACCAAAUAA